AUGAUCGGUCAGCCACAAUCGCCUCUUCCCUUGCCGCUUGUGUUAGCCUUCGAUGCGGUCUUCGGGAGCAGCACUAUUGGAAACCCUGCGCCACCACAGACAAGCUUGGGAAGCGACACUAAAAUAGGGAGCCUGCGAGUUGGUCUGAACUUUGCAUUCCCAAUCUACUCGCAGACAGCUGGAAACAUGUCCUGGCCCUCACUUCUUGCUGGCUAUGAAAACGCUGAGCCUUUGCCCACCAGCAUUAACGCGGACGGAAAGUCCCUGUACAAUCCGCCUGGGCCUAGAUCGGCCGCAUACGACGAGUUUCCGAAGCCCAUAAUUUCGACUAACAAUGGGUUUGACUUUCAUAUCUAUUAUAUGCAGCACAGUGCCGCGGAAUCCCAAUACGCUAAGGAGCUGCACGAACGCGUCAGGAGGGAGUUUCCAGAACUUCGCAUUUACAAGUUGUGGGAUAAACCUGUUGGCCCUCACCCCGUUGCGAUGUUCGAAGUGAACACAUUCAACCCCCACCAAACUGGCGCUUUCUUCUCGUGGCUCACCGUAAACCGUGGACCCUGCUCAGUUCUCAUUCACCCCAACACCGGUGACUCGCCCAAGGAUCACACCGAGCUAAUGUCGUGGAUGGGGAGGCCGUACCCGAUGUUUCUCGACGCCUUGAAGCAGGGCCGUCCCCGUUGA